UCUGUACACCAUUUGAUGUGGACUGGUCUAUUCUUUUAGUAAUACAUAUGUAGACUGCAAAGAAGGAGAUUCCUAGCAAGCAUCCCCAUGGAUUCUGAUUUCCCUUGUCAAAACAUGGAUACUGAUCUUUACAUAGCUGCUAAAACUGGGGAUACGGACUACUUGCAGAAGCCACAUGGCCUCCAGAGUAUUCGCUGCCAAGCCACAUCCCAGAAACGCAAUGUUCUUCACAUUGCUGCUAAUUUCAAGCGCAUGGGCUUUGCUGAAGCUCUUGUUGAGAAGUUUCCAGAGCUUCUGACUAGAGCUGACUUCAAAGGCGACACUCCGCUGCAUAUCGCCUCGAGAACUGGCUGUAGUGACAUUGUUGUGUGCUUUCUUAAAAGUAAAAAUGCCGAGCAAGCACUGGAAAUGAAGAAUGAGAGGGCUGAUACGGCACUGCAUGUGGCUGUGAGGAAUGGUCAUCUUGAGGUGGUGAAACCGUUGGUUCAAGAAAAUUCUAAGUUGAUGGAUUUGGUUAAUAAUCAUAAAGAGUCCCCCUUGUAUUUGGCUGUGGAAAGGGGGUUUUUCAAGAUUGCUAACUUUCUGUUGGAAGAAAAAAGUUCUGUUUGUUCCUGUGAGGGCACGAAAGGGAUGACCGCUUUACAUGCAGCUGUGAUUCGUACCCAUAAAGGUCCUGAGCUGGGUAAACCCAUACCCGAGCUGUCUGUAAAUGGACUUGGACUGCAUCUACGAGGAGUAUGGUUUCCAGGAACACAAUCCAAUGUUGCAGGCCAAGAAGUUCCAGAAUUAUCUCUAGAAAAACUUCGCCGUGUGGUUACAAACUUUUUCUUUAGGGUACGAGGACACUUCAAAGGAAAACAAUUGAAUGAUGAAAUUGAUAUUAUGGAAGUACUAUUUAAAAUGAAGAAGGAUGUGAUAAAAAAGGCAGAUGAAUUUGGGUGGACCCCUCUUCACUAUGCUGCCCACUUGGGUCACCUCGAAGCAACUGAGAAGUUACUGAAGUAUGACAAAUCUGUUGCUGGCUUAUUGGAUGUAGAACACAGUUGUGCUCUCCACAUUGCAGCCAAAGAGGGCCACACUAAUGUAAUGGAACAGAUUAUCACAUGUCUUCCAGAUGUUUAUGAUUUGAUUGACAACAAAGGCCGCACAAUUCUUCAUGUUGCAGCUCAAUAUGGAAACGCUAGAGUCGUUAAGUAUAUCCUGAAGAAGCCAAACUUGGAAAGUAUCAUAAAUGAGCCAGAUAAGGAAGGUAACACACCACUUCAUCUAGCUGCCAUUUAUGGACAUUACGGGGUUGUGAUUAUGUUGGCUGCAGACGAUAGAGUGGACAAAAGGGCAAUGAACAAUGAGUAUUUGAAGACUAUUGACAUUGUCCAGUCAAAUAUGGAUAUUGGAGAAAUAAUCAAGUAUUGGAUCAUGAGGAAGUUGGAGCAUGCUGGUGGUCGACAAAGUUUACACCGGUUGGUCAUUAGAGAAAAUGCAUAUAUGCAAAAUGGUGACAAUGAAGGAUACCAGGAAAAUGCAAAUAUGCGGAUUGAUAACAAUGGACAUCAAAAGAGCAGUGAUGGCAUAUAUCGUAGUGCUAGCGAGACCAGUACUCAGAGCAGUGAUGGCGCGUCUCGUACUGCUAGCAAUAUGAGUAUACUUCUUGAUAGGAACAGAGAAAUCAUGAAAGAAAAGCAACUUCGAUCUCAUCGUCUCAAGGACAUUUCCAACACCCAUUUAUUGGUCGCGACGCUCAUAGCAACUGUCACUUUUGCAGCAGGCUUUACUCUACCUGGUGGGUACAAUGAUGAAGGCCCCGACAAAGGUAAAGCAGUUCUCUCAACAAAGAUAGCCUUCAAGGCUUUCUUGUUGUCAGAUGGUAUAGCUUUCUAUUGCUCAACUGCAGCAGUGUUUCUCCACUUUUUUGCUUCACUGGAACGAAGCUAUCAUCUGCUUCUACGUUUCAUAAAAUUUUCAGCCAUACUCACAUACGUUUCUAUCCUAGGAAUGGUGAUAGCAUUUACUUCUGGCAUUUAUUUGGUGCUACCCAGUUCCUCAGAGCUUUCAACCUCUGCAUUUGUGCUUGGGUGUCUGUUCCUGACCUUUUACAUCUUUGGGGUUCUGUAGAAGUGGCUGUGUAGGAUUCACCUCUGAGUUAUGUACUCUUCUGUCUUAAUGAAUUCAGUCUGUUAAAAAGACAUGUAAAAUAAUAUUGAUGUAUGGGAAUUUGAUUUGUGCAUGGCUUGUUAAUUUGGAA